GCACCCAGCGCCCGCCCAUCCAAUCCCAGUAAUUAACGCCGCCGGCUGCUGCUGCUUGCUGCUUGUGGGGGGCAGGAGGUAGUUAAAUUGAGCCAAAGGUGCGUCGCUGGGUGAGAAGCGAGCAAGGGUUAUUCGAAGCAAAGGAGGCUUGUGGAAGAAGGACAACGGGGAGAGCGAGCGAGCUGAAAGCGAAGUCAAAGACAAGCGAGAAGAAGCCCUCUUGUAGAAGCCAUGGCCGACACGCAGCGUUCCCCUCGCUACGACCUGGUGGUGUUCGGUGCCACGGGCUUCACGGGGCAGUACGUGGUGGAGGAGGUGGGCCGAGUCGCGGCGAAACGCGACGGCGAUUUCACUUGGGCCGUGGCUGGACGCAAUGGGGAGAAGCUCCAGGAUCUGCUGGAGAGAGUCUGCGUCUCUAUAGGACAACCACACGCAAAGAACAGUGUCGGUCUUCUCAUAUGCGAUGUGGGAGAUGAAGAGUCUCUGGCUACUAUGUGCCAGAAUGCCAAGGUUGUCCUUAACUGCGUUGGACCGUAUAGGUUUUAUGGCGAGCCAGUGGUGAAGGCGUGCGUGGAGAAUGGCUGCAGUUGUGUGGACCUCUGUGGUGAACCGCAAUUCCUGGAGGAGAUGCAGCUUAAGUACAGCAAGGCUGCGGAGGAGAAUUCCGUUUACAUCGUUGGAAGCUGCGGAUUCGACUCCAUCCCAGCGGACCUGGGUGUGCUGUACACCCGCCACCAGUUCCCAGGCACUCUGUCAGGAGUGGAAAGUUACCUUGUUAUUGAGACUGGUCCGCAGGGUGGUGCUGGUCACUAUGCCACGUGGCAGUCUGCCAUCUAUGGCUUUGCCGACCAAGACAAGCUCCGCAAGCUCCGCAAGGAGAUGAACCAGAAGCCUCUGCCGGUCGUCGGCAGGAAACUGCCAAAGAGGGGUGCAGUCUUUUACAGCAAAGACUCCUCUCGCUGGGCCUUCCCGUUCCCGGGCUCCGACGCGUCGGUGGUCAGACGCAGCCAGCGCUACCUGCAUGAGGAGCUCGGCGAGAGUCCAGUUCAGUACGCAGCAUACGCCACCGUCCCCGGCUUCGGCAGCCUCCUGCUCACGAUCGUCGCCGGAUUCUUCUUUGGCGUCCUGGCAAAGUUCCGAUUUGGCCGCUCGUUGCUGGAAAAGUACCCCAGGUUGUUUUCUCUCGGUGUGUUUUCUCAUGAAGGACCCACCGAAGCUCAGAUGAAGGGGACUUCUUUCAAGAUGACCUUGUUUGCACAAGGGUACAGCCAAGGGCGGGACCCUCAAAGCGAGAAGCCCGACGUCCGCAUGACCACGCGAGUCAGUGGCCCGGAGCCAGGCUACGUGUCCACCUCGAUGCUGUUGGUCCAGGCUGGGCUCACCAUCCUCAAGGAGCACAACGCCCUGCCCAAAAGGGGCGGCGUCUACACCCCGGCCGCGGCGUUUGGACGCACCAGCCUGGUGGAGCGUCUCUGCGAGUGCGGCGUCGCCUUCUCGAUGGUCGAGGAAGCGGGCGACAAGAAGUCUGCAUGAGGGCAGCGGUGGUCGUCCUCACUCUGGCCCGGCUCUCCGGGGAGGCUUGUGGGCACCCCCCCACUCAGUGGUGCGUUGGAGGAGGUGGGGGGGGAGGUCCAGUUUGCUUAAUCCUCUUCAAUGCUGGAUGAUGGAGGAUGCACUGCUAGCAAAGCCCUCUGUUGCUACGCUAGCUUUUCGAGAUUUGCGUACAGAUUUGUUUGUUUGUUCAGGCGGUGGUUUUUCGCACUUCAAACGGUUCGCUUAAAAUUGCUGCAGGUUUUCGAGGUCCUUGUUUUGACCAAGUCGUGCUGUGUAUCUCUCGCCAUGUGUUUUUUGGGCUGGGUUUUUUUACCCUUUGUCUGACGCAUUGCUCGUGCUAAUGUAUGGGGGACUACGUGAGAAAACAACGCACGGUGGUAGAGCCCCGAAAAACACAUCGGCGAGAGUUUUCGGUACGUUUUUGAUUUGGCGCGUCCCAUUUUUAAUUGCUCCGAUUUAAAAUGUUUCGAUUAAUUUUGCAGUCGUCAAUAAACGUACCAACAAUUAGCACUGUCUUGGGAAUCGUUACGGUUGAAAGGGACUUGCACUGGUUGUGAACCCAGGAUAAAUGUAGUUGCGUUUGUUUUUGGCUUUUGCACACGUGACAUUUUGGCACUUAAAAAAAAAACUGACUGUGUUAUACCCAAGUUGACUUUGUAUAGGCGGGGAGGAACUUGUGUGUGGCAUCCAAACGGUUUGUAAAGGCUGUGGUGCAGUCGGUAGAACCUUGAACCUCUUGAUGCUCGUCUAAGCAGAACAUGGUUUGGGCCCACAACGUUCUGAUACAAUCCCAGAGUUUGCAUGACUAGGACAAAGCUACCUGAUUUUUGUAACUGAAAUUUUCCAGUCAUUUGCGGUUUGUCCUUUUGAGUUUUGUGGCAGUAAUGUUGCCGUCUUUACAAUUGCCUCUCCCUAAUGCUGUGUAGGCUAAAGCUGCCUUUUUGCCUGGGGAUAUUUAACGAUUGCGAAAUGCAGUAAUCUCGCCCGCUGCUUCAAGAAAUACUGUCACGUUACUUAGGAUGUACCUUGGCUAUGUAUGUACAGGUUGAUAGGUUUAAAGAUGAGAUGCACUAGAAAGCUAAGGGGUCUCUGGUGUUUUGCACUGUCCUAUUAAAACAAAGUAUAAGAUUUUCUAAAGCACUUAAAGCCACCAUAAAUUAAAUAUCCCAGUUUUGCCACGGUCAAUUCCCGAUUUUUGCCUGCGAUGUUCUGCGUGUUUUUCCGCAAGUGAUUGCAUCGUGAGUACAAGGGAUGUUGCACCGUGAUGACUUGCACUGUAAUACGGUGACAGAAGACACUUUAUAGUCAAAUCGCCUGGAUCAUUCCCCCUAACCAAGUUGUGGGUGAAUUUGUACUUGGUUUACUAUUUCCAUUUAAAGGUUUUUACUCGCGUCCCUGCAAGCAUCAUUUUGAAGUGUUCCACAUCCAUCUGGCUAUAUGCUGCAUCAUAAUCUGCCGAGUGAGUAGCGUAAUUACGCAUUUAGUGCUAAGCCUGCAUUCUUACGCGUUUACUGUUCACAAAUGUUGUGCUCCGACUGGUUUGGAAAUUAAUAAAUCUGCCUAAUACA